GCUGCCGUUAUGGCGCCCCCUGCUGAACGUAAGUGUUGCACUGCAGCUCUGAUUAGUUAUUAGCUGGGACUGUAACAAAAACGGGCAUUUUAUUUAUCUAAAACAAAUAACAGUCUUUAGGUGUAAGUUCAGAUAUUGUCUUUCCAAAUUACUGACUCAUAUGGUCAUUAAACUGGACUCAUUGCUCAGUCACAAGGACACUAAUCAGCAACUGUUUAAACAAGUUCAUUUUUUUUAAAAUAAUGACAGUAAAUAUUUGUGGCCCUAAUUGUCAAAUUUCUUGCAAAUGAUUUCAAACGUUUUUUUUUUGUGCAAAUGGUUAAGCCCAUGGCUGGUUAGCCUGUGAGGAUAAACACCUAGUGUGACUUAUUUGAAUCCAAUAACAGGAUCUCAGUAGUUUUAUAAAUGGUAGUUUGUUCUUUUACAACAUUUGGCCAUCAAAGUACAUUUUUUUAUUCUAUUGAAAUUAUUAUUUUAAGAUAUUUGCUGUUGUUUGAUAGAAAAUUUCCGUUUACUAAGAAUUGAAAUUUGGUAAAUAUAUAUUUAAAGCUUGUUUUGCUUUUUUUUUUUACUGUUAUUUACAUUUGCAGUUAUAUUCACUGUUUGAAAAUGUUAGUUUUCCACCAUUUUUAACAUAUUCUGCCAUCCUUGCUGCCAGAUUUUCACUUUCUUAAUGCUUUUUUUGUUUGUUUUAAAGGGUACAUAUAGUGUGCUGUGGUUGUAAGUAACCCUUCAUCUUUAUCAUAGCUUUUAUUCUCUGUGCCUUUCAGUAUAAUUUUCUUCUCCUCUUUCUGCUUUGAUCUUGUAUAAAGCUUUGACCAGGUGACUUAAUUCAUGACAAACCUCCUCUAAAGCCAUGGCUCCAGUCACAGCUUGACAUACAGCACGCAGCAUUAGCUGUGUGUAGAAGAUUAGGCAGCACACAGAGCUUAGUUUGAGUGUUACUUAAACUCUCUGCUUCCUCGUUCUGCAGUCGGUAUACUCAGCUCUACUGGGACAGCGUCUAAUGGCUUCAUGUCUGGAUUUUGCAAGGUUGAUGAUGUAGUAUAGUAUAAUGUGUAGUAUAAUGUUGCCGCUCAGUCCCCAGAUGCAUCCGCAGUUUUUCCACAGAAACUAAUUGCAUCAGAAGAUGGGCACCAUGAGGUUAAAUGCACUGCUGCUGCUGCUGCUGCUGUUGUUGUUUGGGUCCUUCCAGAGGGGGAUUUCUCAGUUGCCUGAGUGGAAUGGAGAGCUGGAAGGUAGUGGUGAGAUAGAGUGGAUUCCCCAACCGGACUACGUAGACGACACAUACUGGUCCGGGUCGGCACCUCUUUGUUUAGGAGGCUGUAAGUCACGGCAUGAGGAGCUGAGGAAGGAUCGCUGUGGAGACUCGAGCUGCUGCUGGCUCGGCUCCAAGUCCCUGUGCAGAGUGAACUGUGGGAGGCCAGAUGUGGACUAUAAUGGAGUUGUGUACGGUAAUGACUGGUGGGUGGGCUCUGUGGUGAGGUACUCCUGUCGCUCUGGUUUCAUGCUCGUGGGAAACCCAACCAGGUCGUGUCAGUCUAACGGCCUGUGGACCCCGAAACCCACCUGCCUCCGAAUGUGUCAGCGGGGACGCAUUGAAAUCAGCGAGAGGGAACUAAACGGCACGUGCAACUCCACCUGCGAAUACAAGAGCUACUUUGGCCCGCCCAAACAAGGCUGCAGUCGGAUAGACAACUGUAAGAAGAAGGAGACUGGCUGGAAGCGGUUCUUUGCACAGUGUGUCCCUUGCAUUUGCGACUGCGCUUUAUCAUGUGCAUCUGCAGGCUAACACAGAGAAGAUGUUGAUACUGUACAGAGAAGCUACAGACAAAGAAGAGACACAAACCAGCUGUGAAUCAGAGUCACACUAUGUUUUUGCUGCUUAAUCCAAUUGUGGGGACUAAAAUCUGGAUGUUUUGAGGCGCUAAUUCAAUCUUUCCGGCACACUGACGCCAACAGUUUCCUCUUGUUUUCUUUAUUUAGGAUUAUACACGAUGACAAGAGGAUUUCUGUGCCUGAGGUUGAGUUCAGUCAGUGUGUGUGAUGUUUGGUGUCGAGUGGAUCAGAAAAUAGUGUCUGAGGUGAAAUCAGACUUGGGACAAGAAAUUAUUUCAAAUGCAGAGUGACUUCAACCGACUCCAGUCUAAUGAUAAAAAACAGUCUUUUGUGUAGACAGACAGCAUUCUUCAACUGGUUGAUUUAAUCUGGUGCUAAAUAUUUCUUGUCACAAAUUUCAUCUACCAGCAAUAGCUUACAUGCUCUGUUUAACACGCAUGUCUGUAAACAUGUGUGCAUGUUUGAACAAUAUUAAAAGCGAGUUGAGGGAAGUGAAACCACAGAGAUUAGCGUCACUGCCUCAUCGCUCCUCCUCUCAGUCCAUCUGUCCUGGAAGGAGCUGAAACCAUAAUCUUGUUACAAAGGGAGCAGCUUUGGUCAGGGGUCAGAGUUAGCAUGAAGAGUGUUGUGAACCAUGUUAACAAAGUGUAUUUAUUCUAUUGUAUUAUAUUUAGUUCACAAAUAUAGAGCAAAAAUAUAUUUGUUGUACAAUUAAAACUUUAUUUUUAUAUUUUGUAGAUGGAUUAUAGAGAUGUAAAAUGAUUUGUGGUGCAUUUGUAAUGAAUAAAAAGAACAAAAAUA